UUGCAGCCGCGUGCAGAUGUCGGCCGUGGCGCUGCAGAAGCGCUGGUUCGAGCUGAAACAGGACACGCGGCGGCGGUUCCGUGCGCAGAUGGACGGCAAGGCCGGACCACCCCCCCUCCCCAUCCACCAGGCUAUAGCGCGCAGAUACGGGUACGUGGUGACCAGGUCGGCCCACCAAGUCUGGCGCUAUCUGGUGACAUCGGGACAAGUGGCGCCGCCCACGAGCGAGCGCGGGCCGGCGCCGGGCGAGGACGCGGCGUCCCGGAACACCGCCGACGACGACUCCUCCGACUCCGACACGGCGCGUGCCGAAGAUGACGAUGACGUAUCUAUAGUAGAAAAAAAUUUAGAGACCAUAGACUUAUCAGAAGAUAUUAAAGAAAAAGAUAAGACUAAAGAAGUAGUGACCACCAAAGAAAAACCAGCCGCCGGUUCUAAAACAGAAGGUCUAGGUCACGAGACGGGAGAAAAAGACGAAAUAAUUAUUGUAGAGAAUGCCACUGCGAAUACGUCCGAUAAGCCAACAGUACGCUCACAAAAGCGAAAGUCAAGUAAACAUGGCAACAAACCUGGUAAAAACCAUCCUAGUCGUAAAAACAAGAAAGUAUCAAAACACAUUGAUAAAACUAUAGACAUAAAUAAAGAGAUAGUCGACCUAGACGCACCGAGCCCUAAUACUGACGUUGUAGAAGCUUUGCAAGAGUUAGACGUUAAUAAUUUUGAAACGACAAUAGUCUUUGAUAGCGAUGACGAAGAUGUUGAUAAAGAAGCUGAAGUUCCUAAUGACGCUAAUGAAGAUAGUGUUCCUGGUACAAAUGAUAAUGAUAAUGAAUCUCAGGUGAAUGAUAAGGCAGAAAAAAGAUAUCAAAGAGAAUCUAGUGAUUCCAGCAAUGGAAAUUUGGUUAUAGAUGAUAACGUUAAUAGUGAAAUUGAAAGCAGUGAUAAUGAUGCAGAAGACACAACCUUAGGACGCAGUAACAUGAAAUACAAUAUUUACGACAAGAAACGAUAA